AUGGCAGAGAGACAUGCUCGCAGAGUCGCAGAGAAAAUGAAAAGUACCGGGUUUCUUUCCGCAACGACUCUGAUGUACCACGAUUGCCGCAUUGUACCAUUGACCGGCCCGCGCGGCGGAGGGCGGCCCAGCAACGACCAUUAUGCCUGCUCCCCGCCCGGUGGUGUUUUAGUCAAGCAGCGCGCCAGCCUGACGAAGCCCGUCGUGCAAAAAAGGCGCUUCUGGAUCCGUCCUGUUGUGGUCCGAUUCGGCGAUAGGCACCCGUUCCCAUUGGCCGCCGCGGGUAUGUCUCACACUCUGCGUGUUCCAGGGGAGGGAUUUGCGACUCCGGUAUUCAAACUCGAUGCGUCAGACCCUGACGUUUCGCAACUCACGGCCGCGGAGGAACAUUAUGUGCUCGGUCUAACAGGGCGCGGGGGCUCUGCCUAA